AUGGCUAGGAGCUCUGGGGAGCGUAGUUGUUCAAUUGAGCAGUUUAUGCGGAUGAAGCCCCCAUCCUUUGUUGGAGGGGAUGACUUGAUUGUAGCUGAGAAUUGGGUCCAGGAUAUCAAAGUGACAUUGAUGGUGCUUCUAUGUAUGGAUGAGCAGAAGGUGAUUGGCUUCAGAUCUCAGAAAUUUACGGAGAUUGUAGAUAGAGCUGCGAUUAUUGAGAGUGUGCUGUUGUCUGAGUUUGCAAUCCUGGCUAAUCGGUGGUGGGCUGGACAGGUAGGGCUGCCAGGCCUAGAGCCGGCAGCCGACCCUUCUGUCGCCCAUAAACACACUCUCGAGAUGUCAAUCAAUGAUCUAACCAGCGGUCGGAACAGCGGAAGAGAAGAAGAUGAUGAUGAUAGAGAGAACGGCGAUGAGCCCAAAGAAGGUGCGGUUGAGAUCGGAACUCGUAGACCUAGAGGCCGGCCUCCCGGAUCCAAAAACAAGCCAAAACCACCAAUCUUUGUGACCCGCGAUAGCCCUAACGCGCUGCGGAGCCAUGUGAUGGAGGUGGCUGGGGGUGCCGACAUCGCAGAAAACGUUGCCCACUUCGCCCGGAGGCGCCAACGAGGGGUCUGUGUACUAAGCGGAAGCGGUUUGGUGGCCAAUGUCACCCUGAGGCAGCCGGCUUCACCGAGCGCCAUAAUUGCCCUCCAUGGCAGGUUUGAAAUUCUAUCCCUAACCGGGGCAUUCCUGCCCGGACCUGCCCUGCCCGGUACGACUGGACUCACGGUUUACCUGGCGGGUGGUCAGGGGCAGGUGGUGGGUGGGAGCGUUGUUGGGCCGCUUGUCGCUGCUGGACCAGUCAUGGUCAUUGCAGCGACCUUCGCCAACGCGACAUAUGAGAGAUUACCUCUUGAGGAAGAAGACGAGGCUGGACAUGCUGUCCACGCGCUGCAUCCCGGUGAAAGUUCGCCACCGGGAGUUGGAAGCAGCGGAGGAGGGCAACCGCCAGGUUUGCCCGAGCCAGUCUACAACCAGCCACCAAACCUAAUUCCAAAUGGUCAGCUGGGUCAUGAUGCCUACGCUUGGGCUCAUGCCCGCCCACCUUUCUGA